UACAGUUCCCAUAAAAUAUCACGCUUAGAGCUGCGUUCCUAGUUCCGUAUCACCACCACCGCGGCGGCUACAUCUUGGUCAGGAGAUGGACUCGUCAAAAGCGCGCCGCACCCUGGUCGUCUCCGGCGUCCCGGACGCGCUGCCCCCCAGUAGGAUGGCAGACAAGCUGGUCAUUCACUUCCAGCGCUCCAAGAAUCUCGGGGGUGACGUGCAGCAUGUCCAGUAUCCCACCAAUCUUAAGGGUGUCGCGUUUGUUACAUUUGACGGAAUUCAAGAUUUUUAGGGCUUCUGUCUGUCCCCCCCUUUACUGCAACCCUGCCUGUUCAUAUGAAAGAUGCUGAGAGGGUAUUGAAGGUGGAUCAUGUAUUGGAAGACAAGGAGUUUCCUGAUGCAUAUCCAGUCACUGUGUUCAGGUUCAGUGAGGAUGUUUUCUUGUUUUUCCGUGCUGAAGUUGACCUUUCCAUGUUUGGUGACCUAAAUGGACUAAUCCAGGAGCUAAAGGACAGUCACAGAUCGGUGAGAUUCUCCUUACUGAUGUCUAAGAGAGCAGCCGUAGUUGAAGGACCCUUCAAGGCGAUGAAGAAGCUGAGGGAAGACCUCAUAACACGAAUGCAGAGCACGGGGUACAGGAGCAGAGAGUCAGGUGCAGGGAGAUGCGUGGUUUCAGUGGUGGGUGGACUUCAGGAGGAUUCGACUUGGGUGGACACAAACGUCUUCAAGUAUAUCUGGAAAUUUCAGCAUCGAAAACUGGAUCGGUGUUUUCAGAAGUAUGCGGUGGAGAUUGAGACACAAAAACAAGGUGACCUCACCCAGAUUAUAUUAAGUGGGACCGAGCACUCAUUGAUAAUGAGCGCCAGGUCAGAAUUGGAGCAGCUGGUGGCCACCUGGAUGUCCGACUUAAGAACACAGAAGAUAGACUAUGGCAGCUUGGACAGGCACCAGAGGGAAAGGCUGUUGGGCUUUUGCAAGGACGCCAGUCUGCAGCACCCUGAUGUUCUGUUUGUGUCCAUGGAGACGUGCAUCGAGGUCGUCGGCCCCUCUGCAUCCAGCUACAAUUUCUGUAAGGAGGUGGAGGGCAUGAUGUGCGACACCAAUAAGCAGCCCUCCAAGAACGCAUAUCUCUCAUAAUGGGUUCUGGUAACUUGCAGCAAGAAGCUGGAAAGCAGACUCAGAAUUUUGGGAAAUAAGGUUUUGUGCCUGAAAUGUGUAUUCCUGAUUUUGUAGUGGUGGUAUGUGAAUUUUCACUGAAAAAUCAGAAUAUUUAUUUUUAAACACUAGAUUAGUUGUUCAAGAAAACAGUCUGCAUGUUUAUAGCUAUAGUUUAGACAUGGAACUAUUUAUUGAUGUCUAUAAAAGUAGCACAUGAAAUUAUAUUGAAAUUUUUGUUUCUAGUAAACUGUGAUAUGUUGCAAUGGUGGAAGGGCCUAUUCUUUUAUCGUCAAUCUUUUUUCAUAAUAAAUUAAUAUUAAUA